GUGUUAUUGCCAUGGUUACCCGUAUACAAAGUGCAUGCGCAAACGAGAGCGCUGCAACGAUCAAAGAUCAGACUGCCGAGAGCGGGGAAGAUCGGGAAGAUCAUGGCAAAGUUUGUGGUAGCGGGGAAGGUGGAUUGCGCGGCGUAUGCACGGGCCGAACUGCUUGCAGAUCAGCUCCAGUCUUGCUUGCCCGAUUUCCAUGUCCACAAGGUGCCGGUGCCUAGUGCGGAAUGGGCGCAGUGGGUAAGAGAAGAGUGCGAGGAGAGGGGGUGGGUGGGACACUGUGGGGAUGUGCUGGUGUGGAGGGAGCUGGUGAAGAGGGGAGGGAGGGGGGUGUACGUGGGAGGGGUGAGAGAGUUUCAAGAUUAUGCUUCUCACUACCACAAUGUCACCCCACUCACUGACUCAGUCGCUGAACGGAACAUUGCGGAAGAGAACAGGCAAACCUUGGAGGCCAAUCAAUUGGAGGUGGAGUCUCGUACAAAGCCACACCCUCUCCGGGUGGCUGUUACUUCUGCAUCUUCAUUCAUGGCAUACCACCUUCUUCAACGUCUAGCGUUAGGAGAUGUAUUUGGAGACAAGUUGAUAUCACUCCGCCUACUGGACACGCCCACACAUUCCGACGAGGUUUCUGGUGUUGCCAUGGAGAUCACUGACAUGGCUUCCCCUAGUGUUGAGAGUGUACACUGUACCUCAUCAGUGAAGGAAGCAUUUCAAUUGGCCUCCGUUGUGUUUGUUCUGGAGCAGUGGGAAGAUGGGGGUGGGGAUAUUCAGAAUGGGGAAGAAAUUGAGGAGGCAGGUGGAGAGGACGCAGAGAGAAAGGAAGAAGAGGAGGAGGUUAGGAAGAACGAGGAUGAGGGGGAGAGGGAAGAAGAUAAAGAAAAGGAAAAGGACGGAGGUGUGAAAGAAGAGGGAGAAGAAAAGCCGGGAGCAUCAGAAACGAGCAGCCAUCUAGAGGAAGCUGCAACUCUAUACCAAAAGUACGGUGCAACACUAGAUUUCUGUGCACAGAAAUCGGUCCGGGUAAUAGUGAGUGGCCGACUCUCAAAUCUUGGUGCUGCUGUAAUUGCACGCACGGCCUCCUCUAUCCCUCGUACCAAUAUCAUUGCCGCUCCCAGUCUCGUUGAACAGAGGUCCAAGUCGGUUGUUGCCGGGAAACUGAGGCUCAAUGCGGCCGAUGUUGAGCAGGUAUAUAAUCCAUAGUUAAUACGUAUUCUAUUGAUAACCCUGCUGUUGGAGCAGACCAUAGCACAGAAAAGACAAAAGAUUGUAUGUUUGAUACCAGAAACUCACAGUUACCAUUUGCUGUGCUUGGUUCAGAUGAUUCUUACAGUUCAUCAAACGUGUGUCCGUUGUCGGUGUCACUGUGCAGGUGUGUGUCUGGGGAAGGUGUGGAGGUGGGGAGGGUGUGCUGGUGGACGUCGGCAACACCAGGGUGCACUGCUACCAGGGAGCCAUCGUAGGUCCGGACCCCUUCUCCCUCCCGCUGGCUCACUGCCUUCAUGACCCCGACUGGCUUGCCAGCAGUCUCUUGGGGGACGUGAGAAAGAGGGAGAGAGAGGAGAGAGGGGGAGGAGGACUGAGCGAGGCUGUUGCUAUAGCUGAAAUGGUUCGUCAAUGGAUGGAUCCAAACAACGAGUCCAGGGUGUGGUGUUCUGUGGGUGUGGUCAGCGAAGGAGAUUGCUACGGCUUCCCAGAGGGCGUGGUCUGCAGCGUACCGGCGAGGAGAGAGGGAGGGGAGUGGAAAGUGGUACAAGGUCUUGAGCCCACUCCAAACAUUCAAGUAAGCCAGCAAGAGUGGAGCAAAGAAACACUUUGUUCUUUGUCUCUCUAGGAGCAGCUGCUCAGCAAAGAGACUCACUAGACACACGACUGGACCAGGCAUGGGACCACAUCAAAGGACAGGAGGGGCAAAUAACACAAUCACCCGAAAAUGAUGACCUUGGUUGGAAGGACUCACUACCAAACGUAGUCCGUAGUUGAGUUCCGGGGACGUCGUCGUACGAGUUUGUCCGUUUGCCAAUCAGCAUAUAUAAUCAUGA